GCCAUUUUGUCCGGAGACUCCCGGACUGAGAGGAGGAGCAGACGGGGAAAGGCGGCCAGUCAGUCAGUCAGCCAGCCCGCGCACGGUGUCUCUCCUGUCACAUACUGUAACCGGUGCUGAGGAUCCCCGCCCGGAGAGCGCCCGCCAGGACUGACAGACGCCCGUAGGAGGGCGUGGCUCGGACACAGGGCCCAGAGGAGGGCGUGGUUUGGACACAGGGCCCGGAGGAGGGCGUGACUCGGACACAGGGCCCAUGGCGAAGAAGACGUACGACCUGCUCUUUAAACUGCUGCUGAUCGGGGACUCCGGGGUGGGGAAGACCUGCGUGCUCUUCCGCUUCUCGGACGAUGCCUUCAACACCACCUUCAUCUCCACCAUCGGAAUCGACUUCAAGAUCAAAACCGUGGAGCUGCAAGGAAAGAAAAUCAAACUCCAGAUCUGGGACACGGCCGGGCAGGAGCGCUUCCACACCAUCACCACCUCCUACUACCGUGGGGCGAUGGGGAUCAUGCUGGUGUAUGACAUCACCAACGCCAAGAGCUUCGAGAACAUCAGCAAGUGGCUGAGAAACAUAGAUGAGCAUGCCAACGAGGACGUGGAGCGCAUGCUUCUAGGAAACAAGUGCGACAUGGAGGACAAGCGAGUGGUGCCCAAGGCCAAGGGCGAGCAGAUCGCUCGGGAACACGGGAUUAGGUUUUUUGAGACGAGCGCCAAAGCGAACGUAAACAUCGAGAAGGCAUUCCUCACGUUAGCGGAAGACAUACUCCGAAAGACUCCAGUGAAAGAACCCAACAGUGAAAAUGUAGAUAUCAGCAGCGGGGGGGGCGUCACGGGCUGGAAGAGCAAAUGUUGUUGAGUCUGUUUGGGACCCCUGACCCCCCACCUCACUUACACCCCCCCCAACAUAAACCACUUUACCCUCUUCAACCUCCUUUUUAACCUCUAAAUGAAUGUCCCCGCCCCCGGUCCGUGUAACUAAUGCUUUGCUGGUGUCUUAUUUUUUUGUUUUUCUGGAAGAAAUGUAUAGGUAACGGAAGAGAGCCCUGCCCCCCCCCCAAUUCCACCGGCGCACCGUAAACAAAUCAUGUUUGUGACACAUAUAUCAUUUUAAGCGACCCAGUCACUACAUUUUGCUUGUAUUACCGCCUCGCCCUGUUCUGUUACUACUAACGCGGAGAAGCUGGCCGGAGAGCCGCACCACAAUAAUUACGACUCGUUUCUGGGAAUAAAGCAAAAAAAAAAUAAUAAAAACACAAAAACAAAACAAACUUGUACAACAAUAAAGGUUAGAAAUAAUC